AACUAUGUGAUUGUCCAAAUCACACCAAUCGGAAUCCAAGAUCUGGGAUGGAAGUUUUGGAUCGUUUUCACAGUCUUGAACGCUGCGUUUCUGCCUGUCAUCUACCUCUUUUAUCCUGAGACAGCAAACCGAACACUCGAAGAUCUCGACGAGUACUACCGCAAUGACCCACCUCUCAUCGUCAUUGGAGACAAGGACGCGAUUGCCAGUAAAAGACCUAAGAAAUAUGUCGACAGACAAGAAGCACAUGUUCAGCGC